CGUGUGUGGCGCUGUUGCAGUUUAGAACGAGUAUGCAGCUGCAUAACACAGAAGUCCGACUGCAACUUCAACUUUAAACGGUAGAACUACUGGAUGUGUAUAGAAAUCAACUUUUACGAAAGCUGGGGGCUUACUGCUUUGAAAAGCAGCCGUCCUGACAAGAGUAGGUGGUCUUGGGGACGGAGGAGAGGCACGGAUCCGGAGUAAACAUCAAAAGAGGGGCUUUGCAAAGUCCUCUACACAGUUUUGCGUGAGUUUGCUUCGCCCGCUGGCUAAAACCAUCUACGGGAGGUAACUGUUAUCCUGCUUGUGCUGCGCGCUCUCGUUGUUCCGAACCAUGGCGCUGAGAGCGAGGGCUUUGUAUGACUUUAAUUCCGAAAAUGUUGGCGAGAUUUCAGUAAAGGAAAAUGAAAUCGUGACUUUAUACAGCGAACAAGACAUAGAGGGCUGGUUGGAGGGCGUGAAUGGCAAGGGAGAGAGGGGACUCUUCCCCGCUUCUUAUGUGGAGAUUCUCAGGAACGACGUCCCAACCCCUCCGCACAGCAACAACACAUCUGGAGAUGGGUACCAAGGUCAGGGAACACGGUAUUCGAACAUUCCGACUGGUGGCUUCGAUGGUUCGUACAAAAUCCAGACUCAGGUCGAUAACUUCACUAAAACGCCAGCUUCUAAUUUUAGUACGUUUAAUGCUCCGGUUCAACAGCAGCACAAUUAUGAAAUCAGCCAAGGGAGUGAUGACGACUGGGACGACGAUUGGGAUGACAGCUCAACGGUUGCGGACGAGCCGGGGGUCGUUGGUGGAAGUUUACGCGACUACGAUGGGAACGAACCGUCCACUUACAGGCUUUCAACUACUUCGAUGUCCCGCGGUGGGAACGCGCAACAAGCCAAAAGUUCGGCAACGGUCAGCAGAAACCUCAAUAGGUUCUCUACUUUUGUGAAGUCUGGCGGGGAAGCUUUUGUUCUUGGGGAAGCGUCCGGUUUUGUGAAGGACGGGGACAAAAUUUGCGUUGUGAUGGGACAGUAUGGUCCAGAGUGGCAGGAGAACCCUUACCCGUUUUCGUGCACCAUCGACGACCCCACCAAACAAACCAAAUUCAAAGGAAUGAAAAGUUACAUUUCGUACAAGCUUACUCCCACCCACACGCAGAACCAGGUGAACAGACGAUACAAGCACUUCGACUGGCUGUACUCCAGGCUGGUGGAGAAAUUCCCCGUUAUUUCGGUGCCGCACAUCCCAGAGAAACAAGCCGCGGGAAGAUUUGAAGAGGAUUUCAUUUCCAAGAGGAGAAAGGGUUUAAUAUGGUGGAUGAACCAUAUGACAAGCCACCCGGUCUUGGCCAGGUGUGAUGUCUUCCAGCACUUCCUCACCUGCACGGACGAGAAGGCGUGGAAACAGGGAAAGAGAAAAUCAGAGAAGGACGAGAUGGUGGGGGCCAAUUUCUUCCUCACCAUCAGUACCCCAGCCGCCCCACUCGACCUACAGGAAGUGGAGAGCAAAAUUGACGGGUUCAAAGUUUUCACGAAAAAGAUGGACGAUAGCGUGCUGCAAGUUAAUGCCACCAUCAACGAAUUCGCCAGGAAGCAGAUUACGGGAUUUAAGAAAGAGUACCAGAAAGUUGGACAGUCAUUUAAAGCUCUCGGUCAGGCUUUUGAACUUGACCAGCAGUCAUAUUCUAUUGGCCUGAACCAGGCGAUCGCAUACACUGCUGAAGCUUACGAUGCCAUUGGAGACUAUUUUGCAGAACAGCCAAGACAGGACCUGGAUCCCGUGACGGAUCUGUUAGCGCUGUACCAAGGACACCUGGCUAACUAUCCAGAUAUAAUUCAUGUUCAGAAAGGAGCUCUGACCAAGGUGAAGGAGAGCCAGAAGCACGUGGAGGAGGGCAAGAUGGAGGGCCCGCAGGCAGACGGCGUCAACGAGCGCUGCAACAUCAUCUCCUUCGCCACGCUGGCCGAGAUCCAGCACUUCCACCACACCCGCGUGCGCGACUUCAAGGCCCAGAUGCAGCACUACCUGCAGGAGCAGAUCGGAUUCUUCCGGAAGAUCACCGGCAAGCUGGAGGAGGCUCUGCAGAAGUACGACAGCGCCUAGGAGCCCUGCUCACCUCCCGCCAACCCCCCUCUCGCGUGCGGGCUCGAUUAUUCCCAAAACGCAGGCGGAUUUAACCAGCCAAGCUUUAGCAAAGCAGUCCAGAGGGCAGGAGAGAAAGCCUUUCCCUUUCCCAUCGUGUUCAUGGGAGUUCUCCGCCAGGAAGCUUCAACUCCCGUUUUUAACCACUGAUGUUUUCCCAACGGCCGGAAAGUUCUGGAGAGACGCGAUGAAUCGUUGAUGAAUGGCGCUGUUUGAUCCCUUUCCAGAUAAAUGGGACACAAUGUUUUCUUCCAGGGGAGGAGGGGGACUUGGCCUUAACUGGGGAUUAGCUCACAGCUGCAAAGCCUGCAAAAUAUCUAUUUUAAAGGGUGGGGCUACACACACUGCCGGGUUUGGUAGGUGUAGAAGAUCGCAAGGGGUGGGUAUUAGGGGUUUUUACACAAAAUCCUGUAUUAGAGAAAAAAUUAUAUCGUGAAAGCAAAUCAUACCAUUGCUUACGCAACCAAUGUAACUUUUUAAGGACUGUAUGUUUUAAGCCUUACGACUUUUUCAGAAAUAUGUUUUUAAUAUUGAGUACUACUCGAGCUUCCAGUGGGAUGCUCAGAUGAACAGUCCAUAAACUGGUCCAUUAAACUCGGCCUUCUGAUUACAACCUGAGGCCUCAACAGCUGUACAGAUCUGGCAAAAUGUUUACAGUUUCCUAGCCACUGUCUAGUGCCUUUUUCAACCCUGUCUCUUUGGUAUAUUCUAACUAAAAAAGGUAUUUGAUAGUUGAUUCAUUUUCCAAACUGAAGAAUUCACUCCACUAAUAUUGCAGGAAAAUGACUUGACCACAGUUGCACUGGGUUGGAAUGGCGGUUGGUGCUGCCCUUCCUGUUGCAUUUCCUUCAAUGCUCCCUUCCUGUGCGGACCGAGACAAAUGCUGUUCCAAAGGAUCAUGUGAUCAUUCCUUUGAAUUCUGGGAAAACAUGGACUGGAGUCUGUGUGAGACACAAGUAGAAAGAAAUAAGACGGGAAACCAGAGUCAGUAGGGGGAAGUGUGAACACCAAUGUGUGAAUUUCUUUCCCCACGGUCAACUUGCGAUCACAUUCGCCGAUGGAUACUAGCGACAAUGCGUCUGUGGAAAGACACGGAUUGGGAUUUUCCUGUACCGCUAUUGGCCAGGGCGGGUAGGGGCAGGGAUUCCUGGGACACCGUACACAUCAUAAUGAACACCAGAUCCAGUUCCUGUAAAAUGGUUCAUUCACCCUGGGACACUGCAGAAUCCUUGGUGAUGUUUGACCUUUGACCUGUUGUGCAGGGGACUCCCAGCCUGAUGUAGAGUAGAGACAGGCAACUGAUGUUGAAAUAAACUCCUCCUUCACAAA